AUGGACAAGCCCAACCCAACUCGGAAUUAUCCGCGGCAGUUUAAGAAUCCCGAGCUGGAUCCCAAGACACACCAAGCCAGCACUGCUCCUCUACCCUUAUCGAAUGCUCCCGUCGUUGCUACUACUACCGCUACUACUAAUAACACUAUUACUACUAGUCGAGCCGUGACGGGGGUACCAGAAUCCACCAGUGUUACUUCUGACGAUCAUCGCAACGCGCCCCAACACAAGCUGACGGUGAAUGCAACCACACAAUCGACGCAAGAAUCAGAACUCGUCACGGUGGAACUCUCGCAUCCGUACGCACCGUCGAAUGAAAUCCGUGAGACUGUGGUAGAAGGCGAUCGAGACGCAUCGGUACGACGCAGACCAUCAACGGACUCGUCCUUGUCCGAACCGCCGCCGUACACGAGUUCGGACGAACGGGAGACAGCCGGCAAGACCGGACCGGCUUUGCGUCACAAAGCAUCACCACGUCGACUCGCACAGCGCCGUCGUCGACCUAGACCAAACGUUACGACUGUCGUGGAGCCGUCGAUCAUCCAGUUGCGUCCAGCGCAGCGUCACGACCAAUCGACGGCCUGGUCCCCCGUAGACGAUGACACCGUCACGGGUAACUGGAGUCUCGACGACGAUUUCGACCAUUUGCAAAAUUCGCAACGACGAGCUGACCAACGUGGGUCCAUGGACAAUCCCCGCUCCCGCCUCCCGUCAAUCGUGUUGUCGGCUCAGGAUUUGGCCCUCUGUCAGCGUCUGGAUCAGGACUACGAACGUGCUUUGGAAUCACUACAAGUCGGCUACAGCGCUCGCUACUAUUCCGUACGACAAUCCGCACUGUGCAGCGUCAUCUUCAUGCUCGUACUCCUGACCCUCGGGACUAUUUUCUUUUUGCGCCAAGCUCCCUUUUGGAGUCUGGAAGAGGCCCUACUUUUUAGCGUAUACACCAUUACGACGGUAGGCUACGGGCACUUGCAGCAUCCCGAAACAGCCGCCUUUCAACUUUACACCGUCGCGUACAUUUUUGUCGGUAUUGCCACCCUGACCAUCAUGGUGGCGCAAGUCUACCAAUGCGUGGCCUUGGAAGCGGCUCGGGCGCAACACGCGGCCGCCGACGAAGGCAACCGUCGCAACGCACAAAUGCCGGACCGGGACGGCAUUGUCCGUGACCAGCGCCACAACCAGGACCCCCCGAGCCUCCACCACCACGAGACACGGAGCGAGAGUUUCUCGUCCGAUAUGGUGUGGGAAUAUUCCAGCUCGGUCUGGGAUUCCGUGACGGCCAUGCUACGGCGAGCCUACCGCUACUUUCGCCAAGACGAAUUCGGUCGGAGCUUGUCGGUCAUUUUCCCCAUGACUGGACUCGUUCUCAUUGGAGCCGUUGUCAUUGGCGUGUUGGAAUCCUGGACCUGGCCGGAAGCCCUCUAUUUUGCCGUCGUGUCGCUCACCACGGUGGGCUUUGGCGACUACUAUCCCACCAACCCAGCCGCCAUUUGGUUCUGUACCUUGUGGUUGCCCUUUUCGGUGGGGUUCAUGAGCGUCUUCUUGGCCAAGGUGGCAGCCUUUUACAUUCGACUGUCCGACACCAACAUUUCCCGGAUUGAACGAGCCCUACGACAAGACCUGGUACAGACCAAGCGCCAGGCGGCGCGUGAACGGCAAGCCGCUCUCGCGCGGGCGAUGAGGGGACAACAAUUGCGUGAUAUCGAGAACGACCACGGUCACAAUGGUGAGAGUCACGAUUUGGCUUUGAAGGAAUCAAUUGCGCUAGCGAAAGAAACAGUGUCACAACAUCGACGACGGAGGCGAGGUUUUGAUACCGUCCCUACGCAAUCAGUCGAAGCCGGAAAGGCGGUGGUCUAUAAGGACAAUGACGGCGAAGACUGUGAGGAUUCGACCGCCGAUAAUAGCGCCGGUUUGUCGGUCGACUCGGAGUCUCGUCGACACCUGUUUGGAUCUCCGGAAGCUCAAGAGGAUCCGGCGGAGACUCGUCGUGAGCUUGUCCUGCGCAACAGUUUGGCGUACAGUACUCACUCCGAGGGAGAUGAGCUGGUCGACGAGGAUCAGGAGCUGGAGGAUGGUCGAUCCGAAACGAGUGACGGCACCGUGUCCCGCCCUCGCGGCUCGACUCUGUCUACAAUGAAAGACGUCUUACGUACCGUACACGGAAGUGAUAGGGAUGUGCGGUACGGUCCCGAUUCGGAAUUCUUGUCCGUAACGUCGAAGCAGCCACUCCACGCACAACACCACGCGCUGCGCCGUCGAUCCCAAAGCCUGCUAAAACCGUCCUUUGCCUUGCGCGCGUUGGUACAGGAACGGUUUGCCGAAAUAAUUGCGACCGACAUUGCCGGUUAUCAGAACGCGAUUGAAAUAAAAGACAACUCCAUGACCGUCACCAUCCUUCGUCUCAAGGCCGUGGCCGACAAAUGGUGUGUCCCCAGACGCGCCCGUAAGGCAUUUCGGGCCGUCGCCUUUGAAACACUAUAUUUCGUGGGCGAGCACGAUUUAAUUGUCGAGGGCGCCGAUGCCUUGUUUGCCUUGUCACCGUUGGAAUUUCACAGCCUGUUUGCGCCGCUCGUGGCCGCUCUAGGAGAUGCUACGACCAUGGAAACGUGGCUGGAACAAACGCAAGUCUUGGCGGAUGUGGACUUGAUCAGUCGCGAUGAGAGAGUGUCACAAAGCAUGCAAGAGCAACGAAGUCGACGACGGCCGAGGCGUUUGGGUCGAAACGACUGGGGGGAUGUUGAAGAAGAUGGAAUCAUUAAAGGGGAGGAAAGGCUAUACCGAACUACUGACAAGUCAACACGGGGUAAUGCCGCGAUUCCAGGAAGCGAGUUACAUCUGACGUGACGGUAGCCUGUUCAAAGUCUACGUACAGGUUCUUUCAAUUAUGGAAUGGUCGUUGUGGCAAUUUUUUCUUAUUCCGAUCCAUGGAUCAGUUUGCCAAACCGUCCAUAGGAAAACGAAAUACCCAUUCAAAAA